UCAUUGAUAGAUUAUUACCAUCAUAAUAACAUUAGAUAAGCCAUUAGGAACCAUUAAAAACCUAUUAGGAACCUACAGAAAACUUUAAUGGUUGCUAGUGAGUUUUCACAUUGUUCAGCUGGUGGAAAAUCAUCUAGAAUCCCAGCCUCCAUUUGGAUCAAUCAUUGCUUGUGAAUGGGCAGUGGGAAAAUCCUCAUAGAUUUAGCCAUUAUUUAAUAGUCUACGGAAUUUUCCUUUUUUUUUUUUUUUAGCAAUAGUGAGAGUUGAUCUUGAGCUCAGGUUGCUAUCUGGAUUACUGUUUAGUGUGUCCUCCCUGUGUCUCUGUCGGUUUCCUGGUCUCCUCCCACCUCCUUAAACAUGCUGCUAGGUGGAUCAGCUGUUCCAAUUUGCCCCUAAGUGUGAACGAUUGUGCAAAUGGUUGUCUAUGCUACCCUGCAAUGGACUAGAAUCCCAUCCAGACUAUACUGCUGUCUUGCUAUCUAGACAUGGCCUAUGCAACAUUAAACACCAUACAGUUAUUCUACAGUGAGUAUAUGUGUAUAUAUUUGUAUUUGUAUGUGUACUUCACUAACAUUUCUAUCCAUCUUCCUGUCACAAACAGUUCUGGCAACCGCUAUCAUGACAACCCACACCUCCUUCCUCCUGAUUCUCCUGGCUGUUCUUCGAUUGGCUGCCGGCUCGUUUCCAGAGGAACCAGGUCCUUUAAUCUCCACCCCUGCUGAGGUUGCCAGGCGUUACCCUGUGUUUCUGGGCCGAGCUCAUCGUUCUUACAUGCGGCAGGAGCCGCUGUACAUUCAGACAGUUCUAAAGGUCAACCGCACACUGUACAUCGGUGCCAGAGAUGACCUUUACCGUGUGGAACUGGACCAUGUAACAGGGGAUGAGAUGUUCUACAGCAAAAAGCGAACAUGGGAAUCCAAUAAGAAUGACAUCCGAAUCUGCAGGAUGAAGGGCAAACAUGAGGAGGAGUGCCGUAACUAUAUGAAGGUAUUGCUGAAUCAACAUGGCGGCCUUUUUGUGUGUGGGACCAACGCCUUCAACCCGCUGUGCGCCAAUUACACUAGAGACACUCUGGAAAUGGUAGGAGAGCCAAUCAGUGGAAUGGCCAGGUGUCCAUAUGAUCCCAAACAUGCCAAUGUGGCCCUCUUUGCAGAGGGUAACCUGUUUACUGGUACGGUGACGGAUUUCCUCGCUAUCGACGCUGUCAUCUACCGGAGUUUGGGAGAUAGCCCUGCUCUCCGCACGAUCAAACACGAUUCCAAGUGGUUUCGAGAGCCCUACUUUGUGAGUGCAGUAGAGUGGGGUCCUCACAUCUACUUCUUCUUCAGAGAGAUGGCGAUGGAGUUUAAUUAUUUGGAGAAGGUGAUGGUGUCCCGUGUGGCACGUGUGUGUAAAGGUGAUCUAGGGGGCUCUCAGCGUGUGUUAGAGAAGCAGUGGACGUCAUUUCUGAAGGCAAGACUGAACUGCUCUAUUCCAGGAGACUCGCACUUCUACUUUAACCUGCUGCAGUCCACCAGUCCAAUCAUACGCAUGCACGGCAGAGACAUUAUCCUAGGAGUUUUUUCCACUCCUCCCAACAGCAUCCCUGGCUCAGCGGUGUGUGCUUUCGACAUGCAGCAGCUGGCACGUGUGUUCGAAGGGAGGUUCAAGGAACAGAAGACUCCGGAAUCAAUUUGGACUCCUGUUCCAGAGGAGCUUGUGCCCAAGCCCAGGCCUGGGGGUUGUGCUGGUCAGGGGUCCAGGUUCAGCUCCUCUACCUCAUUCCCUGACGAGGUAUUAAAUUUCAUAAAGACCCAUCCACUCAUGGAUGAAGCCGUCCCUCUGCUAGGACACAGACCCUGGAUAGUUAAAACUAUGGUCAGGUACCAGCUGAACACCAUGGUGGUGGAUACAGAGGCAGGACCACACAGAAACCGCACUGUAGUGUUCCUCGGGUCCACCAGGGGCACCGUUCUGAAAUUCCUUAUCACACCGGGUAGAGACAACCCUUACUCCAGCACCAACAUCUUUCUGGAGGAGUUAGAGGGCUAUAAUCCUGAGAGGUGUGGCGAUGAUUCUGUCCAGGCACGCCAGCCGUUGUCUCUCACCCUGGACAGACAAAGUCAUACUCUUUUGUUAGCUUUCCACUCUUGUGUGGUGAGGCUGCCUGUAGCCCGCUGCCAACUGCAUUCCCGCUGUAUGAAGAACUGUAUCUCCUCUAGAGAUCCUUACUGUGGCUGGACCAAAGGAAGCACAUGUUCUCUCCUCAGACCUGGUACCAGACUACCAUUUGUGCAGGACGUUGAGUAUGGGAACACCACACAUCUUGGAGACUGUGAUGGUCUGCUGCAUGAGAGUUUUACAGACGAGCCAGAGAGCCUUGUGACCCUGAACCUGCUGGUGGUGGCAGCUGUUUCAGCGUUCUCCACUGGGGCGGCACUCUCUGGCUUGGCCGUGUGCUGGAUUAUGAGCCAGAAGCACCGUCAUUGCUCUCGAAGUGAAUCUUCCUCCUCGGGCAGCCAGCGGAAGAGCGAAAAGGAGCGCAGCAUGCUGGGCCCAAGCACCAGUGGCUCAGUGCUGAGUGUGACAGAUCGGCCUCGCCCUCAGGGUGAAACGCUCUUUGUGAUGCCCAACGGUUGGACGAAAGCUGGUGAUCUGGACCCGGGACUGCUGCCUACACCUGAACAGACUCCACUGCAGCAGAAACGCCCAGCGCCCUCACUCCGUCUCUCUGACUCAGGCUCCGGCUGGGACCAGAGCCAGACCUUCCUGAACUCGGUAGGCACCCAGUGUCCUCCCCCACCACCCUCUGCCAUCUUCCUCAGUUCUAAGCUCCUUGGCGACAGGCGGCAUGAAGAUGUCAUCGAGCGCCAGCGAUAUGUUUCUCUCUCCAAGUACCGUGAGCAUGGAACACGCCCAGGCACACUGCUGCGCAAAUCAGCGGGCGACUACAACUACCCAAUGACGCCUCAGGACUCGCCUGACAGGAGGCGGGUGGUGUCGGCACCCAGCACGCAGAUGGAGUACACUGGCGAGGCUCUGCGCUGGACCCAUGAGAACUACGUCUUCCAUGCCGUUCCGACCCCAGGACACCGCUACACCGCAGGCACAGGGCAUCCAGCAAGCCUCGCCCGCACUGUUCUGCACGGCUCUCGUGGCCUCAUGGACCUUGCGGAUUUCAGCCAUCUGCUGGGCAAGGGAGGCAACGAGCGUGCUCCUUCAGGCCAGUGAA